AUGAGCCCGCUGCCUGGGGCCUUUGCUGGCUGCUCGCCGCAGCCUGGGAUGGAGGCGGAUGGGGCUUGUAAGCCGGGCAAGGUUGGUAAGCCGGGGGGCCAGGAGGAGGAGCUGCCGGUGGCGCCCCUUCGUCGUCCGGGCCGCUUCCACCGCACCGGUGGAGCAGAGGCAGAGGAUGACACCGGCAGUUUUCGCCACGGUGACUACCCGUUCGGCCAGACGAUGAGGGUCAGCCGCCACGGUGGAGAUGUCAUGUGCCAGCAGGCCGAUGUACUGGGUGCGAAACAUAGGGUCGGGAGACCCACCGUGGAGAUACCCUUGGAGGCAAUAGAGGGAUACCUCUCCCAUGGCCUAAAGGUGCAGGAGAUCGCGGACAUGUAUGGUGUCCACAGAACCAGCGUACACCGCAAAAUGCAACAAAAUGGACUCAGUGUGUCAGACAUGUAUUCUGAGAUGAGUGAUACGCAGCUGGACGCCCUGGUGCUGGAGAUCCACAGGAUCCAUCUGUGUGGAUACCGGAUGUUGCGAUACCAUCUCCAGGGAAGAGGCCAUCUGGUCCAAAUUCACAGAGUACGCCAAUCCUUAAAAAGAGUGGACCCAGAGGGCACAGAACAAAGAGCCCUGGCCAACCGAACUCUACAUAGGCGGCAAUAUUCAGUUCCUGGGCCCAACUGUAUGUGGCAUAUUGAUGGCAAUCACAAAUUAAUACGAUGGAGAUUUGUUAUCCACGGUGGGAUAGAUGGCUUCAGCCGCCUAGUGGUGUUCUUGUCAGCAGCCACCAACAACCGUGCCACAACAGUGCUGGAUGCUUUUCUUGGAGCGGUCAGGCAGUACGGUGUGCCAUCUCGUGUCCGGUCGGAUAAGGGGAGAGAGAACUUUGAGGUGGCAUAUUACAUGGUGGACAACUGCGGACCCAACCGCAAUUCCCACAUAACUGGGAGGAGUGUGCAUAAUCAAAGAAUCGAGCGACUUUGGAGAGAUGUUUACACACAAGUGCUCGAUCUCUUCCACACUCUCUUCCACGAAAUGGAAGCAUCAUGGAUGUUGAAUCCAGACAGUGAGAUCCACCUCUUCGCUCUCCACUGGGUUUUCCUGUCAUUGGUCCAGAGCCAUCUCAGGCAUUUCCAAGAUGCCUGGAAUUUUCACAGCCUGAGGACUGAAAAUAGCCAGUCACCCUACCAGCUGUGGCUACGCAACAUAAGUGCUGUUGCUGAUCCCCCAGAGGUAGGUUCAGCUAUAAAUAUGGGCCCAAAACUAGGAUAUUACAAUAAGUAAAUUGUAUUGUAAAUUGUAAAUUUGAAAUAGGGUUUCCAAACAUCCGCA